AGUUAGAGUUCUUUGUCUUUGCCAUCUCCACUAAGCCAAAAUGUCUGCGCAGUGUAACAGCGUGCCUUGUUUUCCAUAACUACUUGAGUCAACCUGUUGCAAAAGGAUACUGAUACACAUUUUCAGGACACACAUAUAUUUUUGUUCCCACAUUUUUUUUUUUUUUUUUUUUUUUUUGGUCUGCACUUCUAACUGAAGAGGAAGCUUCAUCUGGAAACUUCUGGAUAAGCUGUCCAUCCCCAGGUCGCCCAAAGGUUUAGAGAAGGUCUACAUUGAAGGUGGCAGCCAUGGUAUUGAUUCUAGGCAGAAGGCUGAACAGGGAAGACUCUGGGACAAGAGACUCCCCGGCCGUCAAACGCAAGGUUUUUGAAGUUGACCCCAAGAGCUUAGCCAGCCAGGAUGUCUUGGACUUCUCCUCUGGCUCCUCUCACUCGGAGGCCAUCCUCCAGGUGUUCAAUGAGUUCCGUGACUGUCGUCUCUUCACCGAUGUGGUCAUCAGCGUGCAGGGCCGGGAGUUCCCCUGCCACCGCGCCGUGCUCUCCGCCUGCUCCUCCUACUUCAGAGCUAUGUUCUGCAACGAUCACCGCGAGAGCCGCGAGAUGCUGGUGGAGAUCAACGGCAUCCUGGCCGAGGCGAUGGACUCUUUCCUCAGUUUUGUUUACACCGGUCGCGUCAGGAUCACCACUGAGAAUGUCCAGUUCCUCUUCGAGACUUCCAGCCUCUUCCAGAUCGCCACACUGCGCGAUGCUUGUGCAAAGUUCCUGGAGGACCAGCUGGACCCCUGCAACUGCCUUGGCAUCCAGCGCUUUGCCGAUGCACAUGCCCUCAAGCAGCUGGCCAGUCGCUGCCGCAGCUAUGCCCUUGCCAACUUCUCUGAAGUGGCACAGCACGAGGAAUUCCUUGACCUGCACAGGGACGAGCUGGAAGAAUACAUCAGCAGUGAUGAUUUGUCCAUCGGAAAGGAGGAGGUGGUGUUUGAGUCGGUGAUGAGGUGGGUGUACCACGAUGUGGAGCACAGGAGGCCCAUGCUGAAGGACCUGCUGCACCAUGUCCGCUUGCCCCUGCUGCACCCCAACUACUUUGUCCAGACAGUGGAGGGAGACCAGCUCAUUCAGAAUGCUCCAGAGUGCUACCAGCUGCUCCAUGAGGCCAGGCGCUACCACGUGCUGGGCAACGAGAUGAUGUCACCCAGAACCCGCCCACGCAGGUCGACAGGCUUCUCUGAGGUGAUUGUGGUGGUGGGGGGUUGUGAGAGGAUGGGAGGAUUCAACCUGCCCUACACUGAAUGCUAUGACCCAGUCACAGGAGAGUGGAAAUCACUAGCCAAAUUGCCCGAAUUUACCAAGUCAGAGUAUGCUGUGUGUGCCCUCCGCAACGACAUUCUGGUGUCGGGUGGCCGUAUCAACAGCAGGGAUGUGUGGAUGUAUAACUCGCAGCUCAACCUGUGGAUCAGAGUGGCUUCCCUCAACAAGGGCCGUUGGAGACACAAGAUGGCCGUCCUGCUGGGCAAGGUCUACGCUGUGGGAGGCUAUGAUGGCCAGAGCCGCCUGAGCAGUGUGGAGUGUUAUGACUCCUUCUCCAACCGCUGGACAGAAGUUGCUCCCAUGAAAGAGGCGGUCAGCUCUCCAGCUGUUGCCAGCUGUGCCGGCAAGCUCUUUGUGAUUGGAGGAGGCCCCGACGACAACACUUGCUCAGACAAGGUCCAGUGCUAUGAUCCAGAGACAGACUCUUGGCUGCUAAGGGCCAACAUCCCGAUCGCCAAGCGCUGCAUCACGGCGGUGUCCCUCAACAACCUGAUCUACGUGUCCGGUGGUCUCACCAAGUCCAUAUUCUGCUACGACCCCACAGAGGAUUACUGGAUGCAUGUGGUUCACACCUUCAGCAAACAGGAGAGCUGUGGCAUGUCAGUGUGCAACGGUAAGAUCUUCAUCCUUGGUGGCAGAGGAGAGACCGGCGAAGCCUCAGACACCAUUCUGUGUUAUGACCCGGCCACAGGCAUCAUCACUGGAGUUGCAGCCAUGCCGCGGCCGAUCUCCUACCACGGCUGCGUCACCAUCCACCGCUACAACGAAAAGUACCACAGGCCCUGACCAGAAACAUAUGCACCGACACGCACACUGUCACAAGAGUGCACACACUUAAGAACUUCUAACUCUUUGAAAAUCAAGCUCUGCAAAAACAAAACAAAACACAUGCACAGCACACACACACACACACACACACACACAGAAGCGUUCUUCUUUAGAAGAGACCUAUUUAGUAAUUCACCUCACCAUUCAGCUAAUUUAUUUUCUCACAGCAUCAUGUAGCGACAGUCUCUGUGGUGGUGUGGAUCUUUCGCUGCUGCAUAACAUUGUACCCUUCACCAUUACUCCUUACAGUCUUUCUGUGGAAAUUCUCAAUGGCUGAUAAUGCUACUGACAUGUCUGUAACUUGAGCCGAAGUGGAGUCAGAUCAACAUGGUAGAUGUGCUGCAGAUUAGUAAUGGCUGCACAAUGUUGGGAAGCAAAUGAUCACAUGUAAUGGGUUACAGUAAUCUGAUUCUACAAGUGGUAACUGUGAUCUCUUGCAUUUAGUAUGAAAACACUGAUCAGAUCAAGCAAAAAUCAGAUUGAAAAAAGAAAGGGUAAUUACUUGUUGGAUUACCACAAAACUGUGCUGAGGAAAAGAGUAUUUAGAUGGUCUGAUGCCGAUGCUGAUAAUAUUAAACACCAAAUUUAAGACUCUAACUGACAAUAUAGUACGUGCUUAACUGCAUAUUCAAUGGAUUUUCUGGGGAAAGUAACCCGAAAUCAAUCAAAAAGACUAAAAGUGCUGAUAACAUUACUGAAUUUCCAUAAUUGUAUUUUGUUACAGAUUUCAAGGAUGUAGUACAUAAUCUACAUUUUCUACAUACUUCCCAUUGCUGUGGUUUCAUUUCUGUGGUAAGCAAUAACACCUUGUGUCAUUCUGAGAUCUAGAUCUCCUGAUGAGCUGAAGUGAUCUCAGAUAGUGAUAACGAACAAAAACAAUGCCUUAAAGCAGAUAUUGGAAAAUAUCCACGCAGAACCAUGCACUGAAAACUGAUAUGAAUUUGUUUUUGACAGACAGAUGAGUGGUCUGGCCAGAUUCCCAACUCUGUACCUGCUGCACUCCAAACCUUUACAAAUUAAACCAGAUGAUCCUUAAACAUCACCUGGCAGACUCUGCCGUGUCCUCAAUUGCUCGACUCUUGUCUUUAGUAGUCAAAACGACCAAGUAAUGAUGUGGUAAACAGCCUGGCAGCUGUACUUUUUACCCACAUUAUCAGCAAUUUAAAAAUAAACACUGAAUGCAAGAUGCUCCCGACCCUUGAACUCGAGCAGGAAGACGAGAGGAGAUAAGGGGUGGAGAAUGUAUCAAAACAUUGGAGCGUAGCCACAGAUGUUCUCCUGUCAUCAGCCUGUGUCCCCGGCUGUGGUCAAGGCCCAGCGCACCACGCUAUCUGCUUCCUUUUCUCAUUAGGUCAUCCCUCUCUUUAGUUUUUCCACCUAGAUCCACUUCCCGCGUCUGUUUCUUUUGUCACUGUUUCUGCUGUGCCAUCACCCGAAGCUUUAGGAUUUACAGCCGUACCAUGAUUUUAUGACGCUACAUCAUCAUCAUUAUUAAUAUUAUUACACAUAAUACUGAUACCUUCUUUUUGAUUUUUUUUUUUCUUAAAUUAUACUUUUUUGUCUUUUUUUACAAUUGGAUGUGUAUUGUAUUGUAUUGUAUUGUAGCUUUAGCAAGUGUGUCUAUUGCAUAUCAAGACUAGUUAAUUGGUGUAUUGGGUGGGUGGGUGGUUUUGUAGAUGUGAGAAGCCUUUGUAGAUCAAACUCGAAGACUGCUCUGAAUAAGUGGGUGUAUGCAUAUUAUGUGUGUGACUUUUACUACUCUGUCUGGAUGCGUGGUGGCUGUGGAGGUUUGUCAACUAGUUGUAGGAUCAAUAUUGCAUGACUGCUCGCUAUUACCAGUCUUGCAUUGUUGCAAAAAAAAUUCCAACCUUAUCAAGAACGCUGCACCACUAAUGUUGACGCCCCUCACCUGUAACUCGGGGUAACCAUAGAGACCUCCAGGUGUGUGCAUGUGUAUGUGUGUUUACUGCUCAGCAAAGCCUGGUCAGUAAAAGUCACCUUUUACUACAAACGGUGUUGACAGACUAGAGAUAUUGCUGUGAAUGUGGUAACUUUAAAACAUUUUUAUUUUCUUUAUUCAACUCAUAUUUAAAUGUAUCUCUUAUUUGUUUGCAUAUUGUUGUUUUUUUCUGUAACUGAGAGCCCCAAUUGUGCACUUUGACAGUAUACUGUUAAAUGUAGAAUUAUAAGACAAUGUAAAUAUGAUUUCUUUCUCUUUUUUUUACUGUAUCAGUAAAUGUUCUUUGCUUUCAUGUGACGUAUGAGAGUGAGAGGAAAGGGGCCUGUUGGUGCCUCCUGUUGGCCGCUGCCUGCUAUGGUUCUGAUACACAAACAAAAACAACAUAGAGAACAAUGUCAGGAGUGAGUGAGAGAGAUUCAGCUUUCUGUUUUUUAGGGUUAAAGGUAGGGGAUCAGUGAGUUUGUUUACUUGUUAACAUCUAAGAUUGUGUAACUGUACAAGUAUAACGAAAUGUAAGAACAGCCGAGAUUGGGCCCCCUCUGUCAGUCACUAUGGCAAAAACAGGUGGGGGUAUUUUGGCCUAAACCACGCUCCGGGCAUUUUCCCAGAUGGAUGAGUUAGUUCAGUGUCAUGCCUCUGAUAGCAGCACAUGCUAGAACAGUGAAAAAUUAUAAAAAUCCCUCAGGCCUACCCACACUCCUUUGCAGAAUUACAUGCUCAGGGUAAUUCAGAAGGCCAACCAGAGGCGGCUGACAGGCAAGAGAGCACAAAAGACUAGAAGAGGGUGUGAGAUAGGGAGUGAAAGAGAGUUUGAGUGUGUGUGCGUCUGUGAUUUCACUGAGUAUUUACUCCAAACAGGACACAAACACUGUCCUUUUGUAACACGAUUUAUUGAUUUUCAUUAUUAUCUACAUAGAAGCUUGCUCAUAUUGUGUGCUUUGUUAAUGUUAUCCAUUGUUUUCGUGUCUCUUUACUUUUUUUUUUUCUUGUCGUGGUGAGUUUUGGGAUUGAGUGUUGCUGAGAUAUGGUUUUAUUUUGACUGUGUGCCACAUGCAAGUGGUCUGCCUUUAAUUAAAUAACUCUGAAGAUUGGUUGAUGGAUAUGAAUAUGAGCACAAACAUAUGCCAAAGUAGAUCUGAUUAAAUCACAAAGGUGACUUUGCUGAAAAUGCAUCCAAUGUGAAAACACCACUUGCAUGCAACACAGAGGUUUUCAAUUGGAGAAUGCCUCCCUAUGUGCCUUAAUAACAGAAUAAAUCAGCAUAGGAAUUAAAUCAGAUCAUUUUGAUAUAAACUUUGAUUAUGUAUGUGUGAUAUUGUAACUACACUUCCCUCUUGGAUGCUGUUUGUCUAGCUGAGAGAUAUCUUUGUCUUUGUAGACUGUCGAACUGUAACAGCUGACAUAUUUAAAGUAAGCAUCAAUAAAGUUUUUCCUUCCAUA